GUCUGCGCCCUGCCGCCCGCCCGCGCCGCGCUCUGAGCUCCCCCGCUCCCCAGCUCCCCCGCCGCCGCCGCGCGCCCGGCCCCGCGCCCACUCGCCGCGCGCCCACUCGCCGCGCGCCCGGCCCUCGGCGCCCGGCUCCCCGCGCCCACUCGCCCAGCCAUGGCGGACAGCGCGAGCGAGAGCGACACGGACGCGGCGGGCGGCGGCCCGGCAGCCAUGCAGUCGUCCUGCUCGGCGACCUCGGGCGGCAGCGGCGGGGGCGGCGGCGGGAAGUCGGGGGGCAUUGUCAUCUCGCCGUUCCGCCUGGAGGAGCUCACCAACCGCCUGGCCUCGCUGCAGCAGGAGAACAAGGUGCUCAAGAUAGAGCUGGAGACCUACAAACUCAAGUGCAAGGCGCUGCAGGAGGAGAACCGCGACCUGCGCAAAGCCAGCGUGACCAUCCAAGCCAGGGCUGAGCAGGAAGAAGAAUUCAUCAGUAACACUUUAUUCAAGAAAAUCCAGGCCUUGCAGAAGGAGAAAGAAACCCUCGCCGUGAAUUACGAGAAGGAAGAGGAGUUUCUCACCAAUGAGCUCUCCCGGAAACUGAUGCAGCUGCAGCAUGAGAAGGCGGAGCUGGAACAACACCUGGAGCAGGAACAGGAGUUUCAGGUCAACAAGCUGAUGAAGAAGAUCAAAAAGCUGGAGAACGACACCAUCUCCAAGCAACUCACCUUAGAGCAGCUGAGACGGGAGAAGAUUGACCUGGAAAACACACUGGAGCAAGAGCAGGAGGCGCUGGUGAAUCGGCUGUGGAAGAGGAUGGAUAAGCUGGAAGCUGAGAAGAGAAUCCUACAGGAGAAAUUAGACCAGCCUGUGUCUGCCCCACCAUCGCCUAGAGACAUCUCCAUGGAGAUCGAUUCCCCCGAGAACAUGAUGAGGCAUAUCAGGUUUUUAAAGAACGAAGUGGAGCGACUGAAGAAGCAGCUACGAGCCGCCCAGUUACAACACUCGGAGAAGAUGGCCCAGUACUUGGAGGAGGAGCGGCACAUGAGGGAAGAGAACCUGCGGCUACAGCGGAAGCUCCAGAGGGAGAUGGAGAGGAGGGAAGCGCUGUGUCGCCAGCUCUCGGAGAGCGAGUCCAGCCUGGAGAUGGAUGAUGAGAGGUAUUUUAAUGAGAUGUCUGCACAAGGAUUGAGACCUCGCACUGUGUCCAGCCCAAUCCCUUACACGCCUUCUCCCAGCUCAAGCAGACCUAUAUCACCCGGUCUUUCGUAUGCAAGUCACACGGUUGGCUUCACACCGCCAACGUCGUUGACUAGAGCUGGAAUGUCCUACUACAACUCUCCGGGCCUCCACGUGCAGCACAUGGGGGCCUCCCACGGCAUCACAAGGCCAUCGCCACGGAGAAGCAGCAGCCCUGACAAGUUUAAACGGCCCACGCCGCCUCCGUCUCCCAACACACAGAGCCCGGUCCAACCGCCUCCGCCGCCGCCACCACCUCCCAUGCAGCCCGCGGUCCCCUCGGCAGCCCCCACGCAACCCGCCCCCACGCAGCCUCAGCAUCCGGUGCACCCCUCCUCCCAGCCUUAAUGCAUGAGCUUAGUCAGAAUCUCCAGUUGGGACUCGUCUGAUGGAGCCACCUUCUCAACGCCAAAGGCUUCUCCUCUCCCGGCGUACUUGGAUCUGACGCGUUUGCAUUGAGGUUACCUAUCUACCUUUCCCUCCUCGUCGUGUCGUGAAUGUUCGUCGGAAACGCAGCCGAGGUUGCGGGUCCGCAACACUAACCAGACGACUUUCUCCACCAGUGUUUUACUUGAAUCUCCGCGUCUGUCAUUCCCUGGCUGGAACGUCGCUGUCUGGUAUCUGGUAAUGAGCAGCGGUGUGCAAACCCUACCCCACCCCCUCCAACCCUUCCCCCCCAGGGGGGCCCCAGGGCUGCUUUUUUUCUUGGCUUUUAGGUUUGUAAAAUAAGAAGGGAGAUCUUUUUUAUAACACUUCUCUGUGGAUUUGCAGGAAAAUUACCGAGCUGUUUAGAAACCUUCCUUCUCCAGGUCAGUGACGUUUACCGAACAUAACCAAGAAUUCAGCACUACAGUUCAGACCUUUUGCAGACCUAACUCACUGUAGGAUUGGAAGUUAGAUGAACCAGUGCCCACAACAUGUAGUCUAGAGCUUUCUACAGACACACCUUUUUACAGAUUGUUUUCUGAUGUAAAUUGACCACCAUGUCCUUUGUAAAACAGCCUAUAGAAACAAAUCACACAGCCGUAUCUCCCCCACGUGCGUGGGACGGGAACUAUUGCCUAUUAAGAUGUGAUUUUUAUUUUCCUUUCUCAAUGUUAAUCCACCUAAGCCGGCGCCCUCUAGCGUGAGAGGAGAGACGCUUUCCCACCAAGGGUCUCGAUGGCUGACUGGAAUGUAGGCUUAGAUCCCUGCUGCGGGUGGGCCGUGAGAUUGUAACAGCCAAUGCGGCUAAACCCAUCCAUUCUUUUGUGUUGUCCUGAGACAGAGGGUGCAAACAGGUACUUUCCAGGUGCAAAAUGCUGUUAGGAAAUAAUGUCUGAGGGGUAGGCGACAGACACCCUAGCAUGAUGGCGCUUGGCAGAUCAUAGCAUAGCAAGCAGUGCUCUCUGGCCUUGACGGGCGCUCACUUAGCCAGGAGAGCACCAAGAAGGUUCUGAACUCAAUCCGCCAUUCCUUCAGCACAAAUCCUUCUGUUUGGCCGGGGGUGGGUGUGGGUGGGGACACCAAGUGGCUCUUUUGUAGACCUUCGUCUCUGUCUGUCCGAGGUUACUUUGUGCUUUAGUAGUCAAGUGCUUCCCCUGCCCGUGUUUGCAUAUUUAUAUAUGCCGUGGAUGGAAAUAACUUACUAGAGAAUGUAUAUUUUAUGAUGAGAAGCGUGACUCUGUUAGCUGUAAUCAGAGAACUGAAAAAUUAAUUUAUCAGUAAUUUUUAAGAGUUCAUGUUUGUGACAAACCAUCUCUUAACAGCACGUCCUCAUGGAACACACUCCCGAGGACAAGGAACAUACCUUGGUGAUAUUGUAGAUAAUUAAUAUUGUACAGUCUAGAAACCUCCAUUUUUUGCCUUCGAAUGCAUAUUUAAGAGUUAACAGAAUGGAAAAGUGUUAUCAGAUAAUAGUGUUUGACAGCGUUUUAAGAACUUGAGAGUAAGAACAACCAUAGGACCUUUCACUCUUCUUUCUCGUCCACCCCUAAACUGAGAAUGCUGUAUCUCCAGCGACCGGGAAGAAACUGUCAGCCUAUAAAAGUUUUAUUUUCAAGGUGUGUGAUGUAUAGGCCAUAGUGUGGUUAGCAGACAUGGGAUGGAGUCUGAUAUCUCCUGUCAAGGCAUUAGGUUUUUUCAGUGUCUGACUAAACCCCGGGCAUUUUCCACCAGCUCCCCAACCCUCUUGGUACAUGACCAUUCCAGGGAAAUUCUGAGGAUAGACAGAGGAAUUCUUCCUUCAUGGUACAGUCUUGAUUUUUUUUUUUUUUUUUUUUUUGUCCUUUCGAGAGAAGUACGGUAUGUGUUUACAAAAUCUUUUCUGGGAUUGUAGAUUUCAGUACUGCUGGCUAGCAGCUUUAUCCUCCAGCACACAGGUCCGUUCUGGAAAGUUCUUCCCUCCACUGUCUUUAUCAGUUAAGUUACCUCCUAGAAGCACAAGUGUAAAAGCACCGGCGUAUGGCGAGCGGAGCCUUUGAGACGUAGGUUCUUGACAUUGAUGCAUAAAGUGUACCUGGGAUUCCUGUAGACCCAUCAGUUCACCUCAAACCCAGCUCUUCCCACAAGCGCUUUGCAGUCCGAGUCAGUCCCCGGUCCCUGCAGGGGUUAAGAACCAAGAGAACAAACACUAGAGGAUCUGAAUGUAGGGUGUAUUGUGUCACUUUUGAAGCACAUAGUGAUAGGUAAGAGAACCAGAUGUUGAGCCCCUAGGGACGGUAGCCCCUUGACUGUGGGCUGGGCGUGGCUUCUACAGGUUCAGUCAGUAGCCACCCUCAGCAGUUGAGAGCAACAGUACCUUCAGUGGCUUCAUUUCCUGUCUUGUUGACAGAGACCCUCGGGUACCACUGUGCUGCUAAUAGGGCCAGGGCUCUGCUCCCCGACGACCUUGCCUUUGUACAGAACCAAGUCCACGCACCCAGCACCCCACCAGCACCUCUGGGCUCUAAACUGCUUUCUCUCAUCAAGCAUGCUGGCAUUCAAGACAGAUUUCUCGACCUUUGGCAGACAUGGAAGUGUUUUAAGAUUUUAUUUAAAUGUCUUUGUUGACCCAGAAGGACUUUUAGAUUCUGAGAUCCUAAGGACCCCCCCGCCCCCCAUGACCAUGGGGUGACCGGAAUGUGGCUUUGAUGGCUCAGGCUGCUGUGCCUUUUAUCAUUGGCUUCUGAUUCAAACCAGAAAUAAUUGAUAAUGUGAAUUUGUGUUGAUCCUUCAGUUGUAGGAAAACUGUAUAUCUAUCCCCCGUUGUUAAGUAGACAUGAGCCUGUCCCCUGCUUGUAGAGAUUGACCAGGAAAACGGGAGGAAGCAUGGCCGUUGCGUGUUUCAGAAAGUUUAUUGUUUAAAAUACAGAAGGAAGUUUUCUUUGUGACUUGAUCUUCUGUCUAGUACUUGUCUAAUCAGUUAACCCACGCUGAGAGCUUGUAGCGAUGCCUACCAAAGACAUGCAUAGUAAACCUCCUGUUUCCAAAUUAUUAAAGAGCCAGCCAUUGAUGCUGCUCCUGGUUCUUUCUGGGAGCCAUUGUGAGAGACUAAAAGAUUCUUAGGGUGUUUGUUUGUUUGUUUGUUCGUUCGUUUGUUUAAGUUUUAAUUUCUCUCUUUCUAAAUUUUUGAUUACAAAUGUGUUAGCCUAAUGUGUUGGGGAGCAUUUCCCAGAAUGCUCAGCAGUUGUGAUUACUGGUCACACCCAGGUCACCUCUUCUGGAGUGAUCAACGGGAUCCUCUGUGCGUGCUAGCAUGGGUGCUGUGUGUGUGCACGUGUGCGUGUGUGCAUUCAUGCCUUAACUUGGGUUACUGCUCAGCUUUGCCGUCUGACUUGGUCCUCACCAGCAUCAGAUUGUAUUGUGCAUCCUGAUCUGAACUUCAUUCUGGUAAAAAAAAACAACAACAACAACAAAACCACAAGGUUGCAGGUAGCACAGGCUGGAACGCAUUCCUUUGGAAGAACGUCUGCUCAGAUGGACCCUGAGAUGUCUCCACGGACUUUAUUUGGGACUUUGUUUGGAAAGAAAGCCGACUGUAACUUGGGCAGAUGUCGACAAGGAAGAGGGGAGAGCCAGAUGCCACCAUGCCCUCUGCCUCUGCAUAUCCGUGUGCUCUGUGUGUUGUGUAGGCUCAUCUACAGCUUACCUGGCUUGGAGUUCAGGUAAUGGUGGCCAUCCUGACAUUCUCUGUUGGAGUUUAGAGAGAUGUAAGACGUCCAGUUAAUGUCUUAUUUACUUUAUGUUGAUCAGUCUUUAAUACAUGUGCUGAAUCAGAAAAACCUAAAUAAAGAUAAUUUUUUAAAAUGUA